CGGCGCCUUUGUGUGAGCCGGGCCGGGAUGGUGCGGGGCGCCGGGCGGAGCCCCUUGCCCUGCCAGUUCCUGCUCCUGCUGCGGAUGAAAGCGUGAAGGCCGAGCUGACCAGAAGGGACUCUUGAGUAGCUGCUAAGAUGGGCAUGAGGAUCAAGCUGCACAGCACCAACCACCCCAACAACCUGCUGAAGGAACUCAACAAGUGCCGGCUCUCCGAGACCAUGUGCGACGUCACCAUCCUGGUGGGCUCCCGCUCCUUUGCCGCGCACAAGGCCGUGCUGGCCUGCGCCGCCGGCUACUUCCAGAACCUCUUCCUCAACACGGGGCUGGACGCUGCCAGGACCUACGUGGUGGAUUUCAUCACGCCAGCCAACUUCGAGAAGAUCCUGAGCUUUGUGUACACCUCGGAGCUCUUCACCGACCUCAUCAACGUGGGCGUCAUCUACGAGGUGGCGGAGCGGCUGGGCAUGGAGGAUCUGCUGCAGGCCUGUCACUCCACCUUCCCUGACCUGGAGAGCUCGGCCAUCACCAAGCAGCCUGCCCUGGCUGUGGGGGAAGGCCGGGCUGGGCCUCUGAGCAGCACCUCCUCGGAGCAGAGCCACUCUUUGGGGGACACGCGGAGCGGCGCGGAGCACUUCGGCCCCGAGCGGAAUUACCUCCUGCACGGGGACGUGGCGGGCAGCUACAAAGAGGAUGACAGGAAUCCUGUGGGGGAGGCCAGCCAGGCUCUUCCCCUGAUGCACCCACAGCAGCCUCCCAAGACAGAGCAGGAGUCGGAUCCGGGGCAGUUCGCUCCGGUCACGGGUCUGGGGGCCCAGCCCGGUGGGAAUGUCAUGGCACAGACCACCGGCAGCUCCUGCCCUCAGUACAAGCCCCAGAGCAACGGCGACUACAGCAAGGGCGGCUUCUUCCCCCCUGACCCCUCCCUGGAUGUCUCCACGGGGAGCAAUUCUUGCCCCAGCAACAGCGACCACUCCAAAGAGCAGGGAUUCGAGCAGAUGGAUGAGCUCCAGCUGGAGGAUUUGGGGGAGGCCGAGCUGCAUUUUGAGGAUGCUGGAGAAGAGCUGGUCCCAUCUGAGGAAGUGAUUGAGCUGAGUGAUGACAGCGAGGAGGAGCUGGCCUUCGAGAGCGACAGCCGGGACAGCAAGGCCAUGCCCUGCCAGGUGUGCAAGAAGGUGCUGGAGCCCAACAUCCAGCUGAUCCGCCAGCACGCCAGGGACCACGUCGACCUGCUCACCGGGAACUGCAAAGUCUGCGAGACACACUUCCAGGACCGCAACUCCAGGGUCACUCACGUGCUGUCCCACAUCGGCAUCUUCCUCUUCUCCUGCGACAUGUGCGAGACCAAGUUCUUCACCCAGUGGCAGCUGACACUGCACCGGCGGGACGGGGUCUUCGACAACAACGUCAUUGUCCACCCCAGUGACCCCCUGCCGGGGAAAGUGGCCGUGUUUGGGGGAGGGCCCGGCCCUGAGCUGGCCUGCGCUGCCUGCGGGAAGCCCUUGGCCAAAGAUUUCCACACGGUCCGGAACCACCUGCUGGAGCACGUGAACCUGAAGAGCCAAACGUGCGGCGUGUGCGACCAGCGGCACCUGAGCCUCUGCAGCCUGAUGUGGCACACCCUGUCCCACCUGGGCAUCUCCGUCUUCUCCUGCUCCGUGUGCGCCAGCAGCUUCGUGGACCGGCAGCUCCUGGAGAAGCACCUGGCCGUGCACCAGCACGUGGAGGAGGCUCUUUUCCAGUGCCACUUCUGCAGCCAGAGCUUCAAGCUGGAAGCUGCCUAUCGCUACCACGUCAGCCAGCACAAGUGCGGGGGCAGCCUGGACAUCCGGGCGGGAUUCGGGGAGCGCCUGCAGCCUCAGGGGCUGCCCAAGAGGAAACUGCCCGAGGAGUUCCUGAGCGAAGAGCUGGCGCUGCAGAGCCAGCCGGGGAACAGCAAGUACAGCUGCAAGGUGUGCGGCAAGAGGUUCGCCCACACCAGCGAGUUCAACUACCACCGGCGCAUCCACACCGGGGAGAAGCCGUACCAGUGCAAGGUGUGCCACAAGUUCUUCCGCGGGCGCUCCACCAUCAAGUGCCACCUGCGGACGCACUCGGGGGCCCUGAUGUAUCGCUGCACCGUGUGUGGCCACUACAGCUCCACGCUCAACCUCAUGAGCAAGCACAUAGGGGUGCACAAGGGCAGCCUCCCGCCGGACUUCACCAUCGAACAGACUUUCAUGUACAUCAUCCAUUCCAAAGAGGCCGAGAAAAACACGGAUAGCUGAUGGGGCAGGGCCGGCGGAGGAGCGAGUGUUAACGAUGGAAGCUGUGGAGGAAAACAAAAAAAAAAAA